GAGGCGAAAGAGCGCCGCUGCCGCUCGCCGCCGCCAUUUUGGAUCCGCGGCCGCCCCUCAGGAGUGAGGGGGCGAGCGAGAAGGAAGCCAGGCCGAGGCCGCCCUUCGCCUCCCGGGCUUCGCCCCGAGCCAAAAGCAGCAGCAGCAGCAGCAGCAGUAGUAACAGCAGCAGCCCUUCGGGAUGAGGCGGCGGCCUGGCCGCGAUACGUGAGAAGAUGUUGGGCACCAACGUCCAGGAAGAGCCCCCUACAGACCACCGGCCUGCCAUCUUUUAAGAGGAGACAUUUUGCCACGGCACACAAUUGGGAUGGACCCUCAGCGUACUGCUAUGUUAGGGUUGGGCUCUGGUUCUGAAGGGUUUUCUGGGAAGAGCCCCUCUGCGGGCGCCACGGGAGUUAGGCGAGAAGCGGAGGUCGAUGGUAGCGCCAAGGAGGAAGAGGAGGAGAAGAGGCGGAGCCGGGAGAAGAGCGCCAGCGAUGAGGCGGGGAAAGAGGGGAGCCUGCCGGAUGCCCAGCACCAGUUUUCUGUGAAGGAGACAAACUUUUCCGAAGGGAAUUUAAAACUGAAAAUUGGCCUCCAGGCUAAGAGAACUAAGAAACCCCCCAAGAACUUGGAAAAUUAUGUCUGUCGCCCUGCCAUAAAAACCACUAUUAAGCAGCCCAGGAGGGUGCAGAAAGUUGGAAAGAUGGGUGAGGAGAAGAACGAUCCAGGAUCUGCGAAGCAGGACCCCUCGAAGCUGUACAAGAAAAGCGGAGAGGCCGGCCCAGCGACGGUGGAAAGCUUGCUUGCCGAGAGCAGAGCCAGAGCCAGCAGCCCGGCUUUGAAGAAGCUUUCCCCGCUGCAUCCGGAAGGGCUGGAGUACGCGAAGACGGCCUUCUCCACUCCCAUCGGCAGCCGCGAACCCGACUUGAAAGAGCGAGCCCAGGCCAACGGGCCCCCGACGGUAACGGAGAAACUGGCCCAGCUGAUCUCGACCUGCCCUCCGGCAAAGUCUUCCAAACCAAAGCAGAAGAAGCCGCCCAUGACAGUCCUCUCCGGAUUUGCGAAGGAGUCUGGGAAGAAGCUGCCGACGCCUGGGGCCGCCGCGGGUACUGCGACCAAGGACUUCCUAAAGAAACCCAUUUCAAGCGGCACCCUCGGCCUCGACUUGGUCAACAAGGAGUUUGCCAAGAAAGCGCCAGGAACCGGUGGUGGUUCCGGGGGUUUAAUUAGUAAGGAAAAUGGGAGCAAAAAACAGCCAGGGUCCUGUCCAAGCAUGGCUGGGCUCACCAACAAGGACUAUGAGAAAAGGCCAUCCGUCCUUAGCUGCCCGGUCGGACUGGUCAGCAAGGAAGGCGGAAAGAAACCCCUGCUUGUGACAAGCAUGGCGCCGUCUGGAAUGGCCAGCAAAGACUGUGGGAAAAGGCUGUUGGGGACCAGUAGUCCCAUCGGAUUGGUCAACAGGGAUCCCGGGAAAAAAUCUCUCGGCAUGGUCAGUCCGCCCGGAUUGAUUAAUAGAGACUCGCUGAAGAAGCUUCCAUUACCUGGAAGUACGGUUGGAUUAUUUAAUAAGGACGUUGCGAAGAGACACCUGGGGUCCGACGGUCCAGUGGGAUCGGUCAGCAAGGACUCAGCGAAGAAGCCGCCGAGUUUUGGGACCUCGAGCGGAUUGAUUAACAGAGACUCUGGAAAGAAGCCAUCAGCAGCCGGCCCCCCAAUUGGGUUGAUGGCGAAAGAGUCCAGCAAGAAACACAUGGGGGUGGGCAUUAUGGCCUCUCUGACUUCGAAGGACUCUGGGAAGAAAUUGAUGGGGAGCACCAAUUUGGUGGGCUUAGCCGGCAAGGACUUGGGGGCGCUGAAGGCUGACACCGCUAACCUUCCGGCGGAGCCCUACAAGCGGUGUUGUGGCAGCGGCCUGGCCCCUCUGGAAAGCCACGUGCCCACCGGGCUUCUGAAGGACGGGGCUGGGGGCAGUAAACCAUUCGAAAAGCACCUGGCGAGACAGAGCAAAGGCAGUCUCCCCGAAAAAUUGACGCCCCAACGAGAAGUUUCUAGCGGAGGCAAAGAUGGGGCUUGCGGUCAACAGGAAAUCUCCCCCAGCGAAAGGGGCCCGUCCGAAUCCUCCAAGCAAGAGAAGCAUCUUCCGGUGUAUUGCACUUCUCCCGAAUUCAGGACCGCUGGAGGCGCUUCGGAGAUCUCCACCGCCAAGUCUCCGUUUAGUGCCGUAGGGGAGGGGGGCCUCCCCUCCCCUUCCCCAACCGCCUCAGUCGCUACUCUAACCCAUAGCCCCCCAAUGGCUCUGUCUCAGAUCCCUUCCAACCCGUUGCAUUCAAGCCACAUGCCGGAUCUCUUAGACAGCCUGUCCGAACAGAGCAGCAAGACGCCGUCCGCCUCCGACGGCGCCCGCUCCGGUAUGAACAGGCUGGGGAAUCCCGGCUUGUACCCGACAAGCAAAGGGGUUGUUCGGGAGACGAGCAAUCCCAACUCGGUCUGCGCGGAGGAAUCAAAACUGGGUCCUACCCCAGGGAAGAAAGCCAGCCUGGUCAGCGAAAGCAACCUCCACACUUCUAUCUCCCCUUCGGUGGUCAGCUUCUCCAGCUUCUUCAACAACAAGCCCUUUCUAAAGAUGGGGGCGGUGAGCUCCUUAGGGAAACCGAGGCAAGGCCUGGAGAUCCUGAGGGGGAGCAGUAGCACUGACUCCCUGGGCAAGCCCUUAAAGAAACGGAAAGGGAGGAAGCCUCGUUGGACGAAAGCCUGCCGGUCUCCCAAAGAGCUGGAGUUAGAGAGACCAGAGCUUUUAAAAAAUGUCUCUUGCGGCCCGCUGUCCAGCAGUGGCCUGGACCAGGCCAAGCUCUUUGAAGGCACGGGCCCCCCGGACGCCUUCGCUGAGCACGACUUCCUGAAAUACCAUUUGCCCAAGCUGAGCAAAAGCAGCAGCCUUCAGUCGCUCUCCCUGCUGGGCAGCGCGGAGAAGGAACCGGGGAAGUUCUACAGCGCCCACGUGCCGACGUCCGCCGGCUGUCUGUCGGACGAUUUGUUCCCCGACAUGUACAAGUCCAAGCGCAACCGGUCGAAAUCCAAGGAGAUGCCCCAUUUGGAAGGGCCGCCCAAACGGGCCUUGAAAAUCCCCGCCUCCAAAGUCUUCUCGCUGCAGUCCAAGGAAGAGCAGGAGCCGCCCGUCUUGCACCCAGAAGUGGAGAUCCCUUCCCACCGCCAGACCCUCGCGGGGCAAGCUUUCCCGAAGAAGCGAGGCCGCCCCAAACGGCAGAUCCGCUCAGGGAUCAAGAUGAAGCCGCCCGUCCUCUCCGCCGCCCCUUUCGUCACGCCCGAAAAGGCAGACGAGUCGGAGGAUGCCGGGGACCAGCCGCUGCUGCCGCCACCCAGCGGGGACUUUUUCGAAAGCCACAGCCAGCUCAGCAACACGGAGGACAAUGGGGACACGAGCACGGGCAGCGCCAGCGACCCAGAAGGCGAACCAGAGCACAAGGAAGUCAAGCGUAGCAACGGUCAGCUGGUGAAAACCAUCAUCCGGAAAAUCAACAAGAUGAAGACGCUCAAGAGGAAGAAGAUCCUGAACCAAAUCCUCUCCUCCUCGGCGGAUCCCAAUAAGGGGAAAGUCCAAUCCAAAGCCCACACCAACGUCUCCAGCUUGGCGGCCACCUUCAGCACCAAACUGGGCCAGCAGAUCAACGUCAGCAAGAAAGGAACCAUCUACAUAGGGAAGAGACGGGGCAGGAAGCCCAAAGCCAGCUUCAGCAGCCUUCUGGCGGCCGGUUCGAAUUUCGCCAUUCUAGAGACAUCGGGCCAACAGGCCAGCGGAGGGAUGCUGGGACAAGCAGGCGCCCCUUUGCUCCCAUCUGGCCCCAGUAGCAGCCCUGAGGUUCUUCCGUCUCCCGUGUGCUCCCAGUCGUCGGGCACCAGCGGAGGGCAGAGCCCCAUCAGCAGCGACAUGAGCUUUGUGGAGCCCAACUCUGUGCCCUGUUUCCACCUGCACAGCCGGCAAGGGAGCGUGGUUCAGACCUUGGCGAUGCGGAAGGCCUCGCGGGCCCGGAGGCGGCUCUCCCCGCCAACCCUCUUCCCCAACUCCCCUUCCCACAUGAGCGAGCUGGGGUCCCUGAAGGAGGCCACCCCGUCACCCAUCAGUGAGUCCCACAGCGACGAGACAGUGCCCAGCGACAGCGGCAUCGGCACCGACAACAACAGCACGUCGGACCGGGCGGAGAAGUUCUGCGGGCCGAAGAAGCGCCGGCACUCCUUCGAGCACGUCUCUCUGGUGGCCCCCGAGGCCUCGGCCGUCCUGGGCAGCCUGAAGGACAAGCACAAGCACAAGUGCAAGCGCCGCGGCCACGACUACCUGGCCUACGACAAACUGAAGCGGCCCAAGCGCAAGCGGAAGAAGAAGUUCCCGCAACUGCGGGGCAGGCAGGACCCCGAUUUCCUGGCCGAGCUGGAGGAGCUGAUCAGCCGGCUGAGUGAAAUCCGCAUCACGCACCGGAGCCACCAUUUCAUCCCCCGGGACCUGCUGCCCACCAUCUUCCGCAUCAACUUCAACAGCAUCUACAGCCACCCCAGCUUCUCCCUGGACCCUUUGCACUACAUCCGCAAGCCGGACUUGAAGAAAAAGCGGGGGCGCCCCCCCAAAAUGCGGGAAGCCAUGGCCGAGAUGCCCUUCAUGCACGGGCUCAGUUUCCCACUUUCCGGGACCGGAUUCUACCCUUCCUACGGCAUGCCUUAUUCUCCGUCGCCCCUGGCGGCUCCCAUUGGCUUGGGCUAUUACGGACGCUACCCCCCUACCCUUUACCCUCCUCCCCCUUCCCCUUCGUUCACCACCCCGCUCCCUCCCCCAUCUUACAUGCACGCCGGCCACUUGCUCCUCAACCCCGCCAAGUACCACAAGAAGAAACACAAGCUCUUGCGCCAGGAGGCGUUCCUGACCGCCAGCCGGGCCCCGCUUCUCUCCAUGAGCACCUACCACCCCAGCGUCCCGCCCGAGAUGGCCUACAGCUGGAUGCUGGAGCACAAACACCGUCACCGCCACAAGCACCGGGAGCACCGCUCCUCGGAGCAGCCGCCGGUGUCCCUCGAGGCCUUGGCGCCCGCCAGCUCUUCGCGGACGGUCUUGGAGUCCCUGAAGCGCUACCGUUUCGGCAAGGAGGCCGCGGGCGAGCGGUACAAGCAUAAGGAGAAGCACCGCUGCCACAUGGCUUGCCCGCACCUCUCGCCCGCCAAGGGGCUGCUGGGGCGAGAGGAGCAGUGGGCCCGGCGGGAGACCGCCGAGAGCGGCCCCCGGACUUUGGGAUUACAGACUCCUUUGCAGAUAGACUGCUCCGAUUCUCCUCCCAACCUCCCGCUGGGGAGGUUCACUCCGAGUUCCGAGCCGGCCAGUAGUGACGAACACACCAAUCUUUUUACCAGUGCAAUAGGCAGCUGCCGCUCCACGGGCUCGGCCGGCGGCCGUAAGAAACUGUCCGAGGGCUCUGGACUUUUCAGCCCCCAAGAGGGAUCGCUUGGCCGGCCCCCCCGCAAGGAAACCUUGCCUCCGAUUGAGAAGGUCGUCCAAGGCCUCUCAGGCGCCCUUCCAGGUCAGGAGAAGCUCUCGCAGAGAUCGGUGGAGGGCACCAGUUGCAGUCCUUCCAGGAAGCGGUCUUCCUCUGAGAGCACCUCUUCCACAGUCGUUGGGAUCCCGUCGCGCGGUUCCAGAAUCAGCUCCUCCUUGGAAGAUUCCGCCGACCACCUCCUGCAGCGCAUGGCUCACCACGAGAGCCAGGCGGCCUUGGACAAGACCCUGGAGUCCGUCCUGGCCAGCGCCCCCGUCCUGCCCUCGGACAGCCCCAGCCGCAGCCCCGCCCGGGAGAAAUCGUGCGACCUGUUGCUCCCCGGGAAUCCCGGCGUCGACGGGCUCUCCCUCCUCUCCGGCCGCUCCCCGCACCACCACUUCAAGAGGAGCAUGGUGGACGCCAUGCAGAGCCAGACGCGGAGGAUGUGCAGCUACGACAAGAUCUUGGCCACCAAGAAGAACCUGGACCACGUCAACAAGAUCCUCAAAGCCAAGAAGCUCCAAAGACAAUCGCGGACCGGCAAUAAUUUUGUGAAGCGCCGGCCGGGGAGGCCCCGGAAGUACCCCUCGGCGCCGGCGGCCUCCUCCCACGGGCUCCAGGCGAGCCGAUUCCUCGGCCCCGAGCUCAGCAGCGUCGGCAGGGAGCCCGGCUGCCUCCUCCACCGCGGCCCCGACACGGUGACCGACGCCAUCGAGUCGGUGGUCCAGGGCGUGAACGAGAAAGCGCCGAAGAGGAAACGGUGGCUGGAGGAAGAGCUGACCAGAAAGAAGCAGAAGCCGCCGCCCGGCGAGGAGCAGGAGAGCCAUAAAAGCUUUUCAGAAGCCGCACCUGAGCCUCUUCCUCCUCCUCCUCCUCCUCCUCCCCCUCCUCUUCCCCCUCCUCCAGCCCCCCUCCUUCCUCCCCCUCCUCCCACCUCGGAGGCUGCUGGGAAGCCCCCGGAGAAAGCCGAACGGCCGUCGGCCCCCCUGGUGCAGCGCGAGAAGAAAGCCGCCCGCCCGCCGAAGAAGAAGUACCAGAAGGCCGGCCUCUAUUCGGACAUCUACAAGACCAGCGACCCCAAAAGCCGCCUGAUCCAGUUAAAGAAAGAAAAACUGGAAUACACGCCCGGAGAGCACGAAUACGGCUUGUUCCCUGCGCCUAUUCACGUAGGGAAAUACCUUCGGCAGAAGCGAAUCGACUUCCAGUUGCCUUACGACAUUCUCUGGCAGUGGAAGCACAACCAGCUGUACAAAAAGCCGGACGUCCCACUUUAUAAAAAAAUCCGAUCAAAUGUUUAUGUGGACGUCAAACCUCUGUCUGGUUACGAAGCCACCACUUGCAACUGCAAACAGCCCGAAGACAGCCGGAAAAGCGGGUGUCUGGACGACUGUUUGAACAGGAUGAUCUUUGCCGAAUGCUUGCCUAACACCUGUCCCUGCGGGGAGCAGUGCUGCAACCAGCGGAUCCAGAGGCACGAGUGGGUGCAGUGCCUCGAGCGCUUCCGGGCGGAGGAGAAAGGCUGGGGCAUCCGGACCAAGGAAUCCCUCAAGGCCGGGCAGUUCAUCAUUGAGUACCUGGGAGAGGUGGUUAGCGAGCAGGAAUUCAGGAAUCGGAUGAUUGAGCAAUACCACAACCACAGCGAUCACUACUGCCUCAACCUGGACAGCGGGAUGGUGAUUGACAGCUACCGCAUGGGGAACGAGGCCCGCUUCAUCAACCACAGCUGCAACCCCAACUGCGAGAUGCAGAAAUGGUCGGUCAACGGCGUCUACCGGAUCGGACUCUACGCUUUGAAGGAUAUGCCAGCCGGCACCGAGCUGACCUACGACUAUAAUUUCCACUCUUUCAACGUGGAGAAGCAGCAACUCUGUAAGUGCGGCUUUGAAAAGUGCCGAGGGAUCAUCGGCGGCAAAAGCCAGCGGAUGAACGGCCUGCUUAGCAAAACCAACCCAAUGGUCACGGCUCAGAGGCGGCCAAGCCGGUCCAAAGAGAAGAGGAAGUCCAAGCACAAGUUGAAAAAGAGGAAGGGCCACCUUCCCGAAGAGCCCAGCGAUAACGCCACCCCCCCAACUCGGCUGACCCCCCAACUGCAGAUGAAGCCCAUGUCCAACAGGGAAAGAAAUUUUGUGCUGAAGCACCACGUUUUCCUGAUGCGCAACUGGGACAAGAUCCGUCAGAAGCAGGAGGAGGUCAAACACGACAGCGACAGCCUCCACUCGCCCUCGUUGUACACUCGCUGGAAUGGGAUGUGUCGGGACGAUGGCAACAUCAAAUCCGAUGUCUUCAUGACCCAGUUAUCCGCCCUGCAGACCGCCCUCGUGAGGACGCGACGGCUGGCGGCCGCCGAAGGAAAACCUCGAAGUGGCCAGAGCAGGCGCGCCUCGCCCAUGAUCUUUAAGGAGAUCUGCGACGGGCAUCAUUGCCUCAAAGAUUCCUCCCGGCAAGUCCUGGCUACCCCUUUGCUGGUUGUCCCCCCCGAAAAAAAAGUAAGUCCGAACUCCGAUUACUACGAGAAGAUCUCCGACCCUCUCGAUCUCACCAAUGAGAAGCAGAUCCUGACGGGCUACUACAAAACGGUGGAGGCUUUCGACGGGGACAUGCUGAAGGUUUUCCGCAACGCCGAGAAAUACUACGGCCGCAAAUCUCCGAUCGGGCGGGACGUCUGCCGGCUGCGGAAAGCCUACUACAACGCCCGUCACGAAGCGGCCGCUCAGAUCGACGAGAUCAUGGGCGAGACAGCCAGCGAGGCAGACAGCAGCGAGACCUCCCUGUGCGAGAAGGAGAGCGGGCACGAGAAGGACGAAGACGUCAUCCGUUGCAUCUGCGGCUUGUACAAAGACGAAGGGCUGAUGAUCCAGUGCGACAAGUGCAUGUCCGCGAGGCUUAGCGAACAGCCUUUCAGAGGAAUCUUUAUCCACACGAACCUUAUCUCUGAAGGAAAGAAGGAAGAGCAAGCUACUUAAAGAGCUGCCCCUAAGGAGUUGGGGGGGAGGCCAAACCCACCGAUUUUGGGACAGCCCACAACAAACAGGAGAUUAGAAAAGCCGUUGGAGGACCAGACAGAAGACUGAGAACCCCUUUUAUUUACACGCCUGUGAAUUCCUUUCAUUCGCAGUCCGCAAGGCUUUAGCAAACAGUCUU